AUUGUAAUCUGAAAGCAAAAAUCAGUGACUAAUUCAAAAACAGCUCCAAUGACCUUAUUAACCAACCAUUUUCAUGUAUAACUUGUGAUCCCAUUCAGGAAGCUAUAGCAGAUGCAAUGUCAAUACAAUCACCAAGCACUCCGGAUCAAGAUUCGUUGAAUGGAGAUGUUAAGCACAUCAUGAGUGCAGCUAAACAACUUCUUGCAUCACUGUCAGAUAUUACAGCAUCCAUUCCUAAUGUAAAGAUUGAGCAGAAGAACAUUCUUGCCAUUGGAAGCUACUUCUACCGAACUUCUUCAGCUAUCUCGGAGCUUCAAUCUAAAGAUAACAUCUCGAAUGAUGAAACCGACAUACUCGAAUCUUUAUCUCAAAGCUGUAACUUAGCAAAAGGGAUCUUGUCGAAACUUCAGCAAAAUGGACAUACCAUUUCAAAACACGAAGCGAGGCAUAUGAUAAAACAACUCGAACAAAUUGUUAAUCAUAUGGGUCAUGACUUGAGUUUAAUGCCAACAUCUGCAUUCAAGGAUGAUGAGUCAGCAGGAAUCACAAUCCGCACAGUCUCUGACGAGAUGAAAAAAUUCCGUCUUGAGGCCAGUCCGGUUCCACAAACGCAGUCUAAUAGUCAGCAAACCGAGGCAGAUCUUUACUCCAUCAGCAUGGAAGUCUCGACAGAAAAUUCACAUAUGUUUGAUAUUCCGCAACUAAUGAAAGCCCUUAGAAGUUCGAGUGAAAGUAGCGAAAGACAAUCUCGAGCAAGAAACACGAGUAAUAAUAGGUUGUCAAGAAGUGUGACGGAAGCUGCACAACAUAUGGAGCCGAUGUAUAAGAGUUUUGUUUGUCCACUGACAAACCGAAUGAUGGAUGACCCGGUGACUGUUAGUAGUGGAGCGACAUUUGAGAGGAGCGCGAUCACAGAUUAUUUUGAAAAACAUGGUGAUUCGGAGGAAGUAAGAUGUCCUGUCACUGGGGAGAAGCUUGAGAGCAAGGCAAUGAAUCCUAAUAUUGCUUUACGAAACAUAGUACACGAGUGGAAAGACAGAAAUGAUUCUGCACGACUCAAAGUCAUCCGUGCAGCCUUGUCGAUAGGCAGUACCGAGAGUAUGAUACUUGAAGCGUUGAAGGAUUUGCAAAGCAUUUGCCAAAGGAAUCCGAUGAAAACGAAAGAAGUUUACGACAUAGGGAUUAUUCCGUUGCUCGUUAGGCUUCUCGAGUUAAGAGACAGAGCAGUGAGGAUCGCUAUAUUAGAAAUUUUACGACUACUAGUUCAGGAACACGAGGCAAAGGAGCAAAUUGUUAAGACACCAGCUGUUUCUGCAACAAUCAAGAUGCUGUCAAGCAGCUUCCAACCGAUAAGACAUGCUGCGUUGUUGCUCCUAAUUGAGUUUUCGAAAUGUGAAUUUCUGUCAGAAAAAUUGGGUCGUGUCACAGGCGGAAUUCUUAUUCUGAUCCAAACCAAAUUCAACAGAUCAUUAGACACCUUUGCUUCAGAAGCAGCUGAUCAAGUUUUGAGAUACAUGGAGCAGUGUUCUUAUAACAUCAAGUUAAUGGCUGAAAAUGGUUAUUUGGAACCUCUUCUCAACAAUCUUAUUGAAGGAUCAGAGGAUAGGAAGCUAGAAAUGAUGACAUAUCUAGGUGAAAUAACACUUGAAGAUGAUAGCAAGACCUAUGUUGCGGAGAGAACAUCUCCUGUACUCAUCGAAAUGCUGCACGAUGGAAAUCCCUUAACAAGAAAAGCCAUCUUUAAAGCCUUAGCUCAAAUAUCCUCUUAUUCCGCCAGUGGUAAGAUACUAGUAGAAGCCGGAAUAGUAGGCACUAUGGUUGAAGAAAUGUUCACCAAAAAAAUAUAUAGCGAACCAGUCGAUUCACUAAAAGAAGCAUCAGCAAUACUAGCAAAUAUCCUCGAAUCUGGGAUUGGGUUUGAGAAUCUGACAGUAAAUAGUCAAGGCCACACAAUGGUUUCAAGCUAUGUUGUGUUCAACAUCAUCUACAUGAUUAAAAACUCUUCCCCAGAUGAUCUGAAUUUCAAUCUUAUCCGAAUCCUUUACUGCAUGGCGAAAUCUAAGAAGUCAGAUAAUCCGGUUUUUACUGCUGUCAAAGAAAGUGAAGCGAGCUACACGCUUGUUGAACUUAUUAACAACCCGAGUGAUGAAAUAGCGAUUUCAGCUAUUAAACUUUUAACUCUACUUUCAUCCCACAUUGGGCAUUUGCUAAUCGACAGACUUUGUAAGACAAAUGGACAACCGGAGGGACUAAUCGUAGGCCCGUCAGAUCCUAGUCAGAUCACCGAAAGGCAAGCUUUAUCGGUCUCUUUUCUGGCUAAACUUCCACAUCAGAACCUUACUCUGAAUCUUGCUUUACUUAGUAAGAACACAAUCCCGGGAAUCUUACAAUCGAUAAAUCGAAUCCAAAGAAAUGGAACAAGACAAAACAGGUUUGCGGGUAUGUAUAUGGAGGGUCUAGUGGGUGUACUAGUCAGAUUUACAGCUACAUUGUAUGAUCCUCAAAUGCUGUUUCAGGCGAUAUAUCAUAAUUUUACCGCGGUGUUAACUGAUUUGCUUACGGAAACAUCAAGAGACGAGGUUCAAACAUUAGCCGCUACAGCAUUAGAGAAACUCUCGACACAAUCUAUACGUCUCUCAAAGCCACCACAAAAAACCCGAAAGAAGCUUUUCAACCUAUUCUCCUUGCCAAGUCGGUAUUCAAAGAAAACGAAAGUAGAACUCUGUGUAGCUCACAAAGGCGUAUGCUCUCAACAAACAACAUUUUGCUUGAUUGAAGCAGGGGCAAUUGAGAGACUCUUAGCAUGUCUCGACCACCCGAAUGUUUUGGUGGCAGAAGCUGCACUGUCAGCACUAUCUACAUUACUCGAUGAGAAGGUCGAUGUGGAGCAGACUGUGAAGAUGCUUGAUGAGAUGAAUGUUACACAGCGCGUGCUAAAAGCAGUGAGAUACCACAAGAACGAAAGUCUAUGGCAGAAAGCGUUUUGGAUGAUCGAGAGAUUCUUACUCAAAGGCGGGCAAAGAUCUAUGUCUCUAGUAUCACAAGACAAGUUAUUCUAUAUUUCGGUGGUGACUGCCUUCCAUCACGGAGAUGCAUAUACACGACAAAUGGCAGAAAACAUUCUUCGAUACCUAGACAAGAUGCCGAGUCUUACUGGCACCUUUACCACAUAGUUUUCAACUUUUCCCCCAUUGUUUAGGAUAUGGCAAUAUAGUGCUUUAGAAGGUGCUGAUCUUUUCAGCAUACUGAUGUAAGGAAUAAUACAUAAAUAAAUAGUCAAAAACAGAUACUUGUACAAACUUCAUAGACAUAGACAUUGUUGCUCCUAGAAGAUAUAUGAAAUGACUUGUUGAGUUGGUUUUGUUGGAAAAA